AUGGCGCCUCAAUGGCGUCGGUGGUUCUUCGCCCCCACAGACGAGGAAAUGGGGAAGAAGGACGACGACAGGAAGCCAAGCUCGAGAAGCACGUGGGUACCCACCUCAAGACUCACCCCUCGACGAUCAGUGGCGCGUCGCCUCGUUCCUUUGCUCGCCAUUAUCGCGAUAUUCUAUCUUUGCAUGGACUGGAUUCGACCCCAACCUUCGGUCCCGAAAGAGUACAACCCGAUAUUUCCCAAGUACGACGGCUCUAGUGCGUCCUCCGGGAAUCGGCCGUGGGCGAACCUCUACCCUCCCGCCCGGUCUCCUCCUAAAUCGCCGCCGAAUCAAGAGAAGGGCAGGUCGCGAUCCGGCCAACCCCCUGCGCGAAAAUUUAACGGUGAUUUCACACUUGUACCCCUUGCGCGGAGCCUCAGAGAGAUAUCCAUUACUGGCGGAAAUCACAAGUACAAUAGGAAUGUACUCUUCGUCUCGUCCAGUGCGAAGAGCGCUGCUGCACUGCUGCCAUUAGCGUGCGAGAUGGCGAGGGAGAGACGGAGUUAUGUGCACUAUGCGAUCAUGAAUAGAAGUGAAAAGCCUUUGAGGGAGCUUCUGCGUUUGAAUGGUGUUGACGAGUCGUGUGGGAUCCUCUUUCAUGAUGCCCGGCCUGAUCGCGCUGCCGAAUCCGCUGAUUUACGAGUGAAAAUGGCAUCUGAGAGGGCGUUUUUCUACCUCGAAACCUAUAUUCACCCCCAAGCUGUUAUUGUGGACGGUACUGAUACCGAGGAGGCUACUUUCUUGGAAGCUCUACAUGCGUAUUUCGAGAAGAGCGAGCAGUCCAUCAUCGAACUUCACCACAACGGAGCUCAGCGGUUAGGAUGGCUUGCGAAGCUCGAUAGCGCAUCCCUCUCAGCUUGGAGCAAGGUGAAUUUCGAAAUCGUCAUUCACGCGCCUAUGAAGGGGUCCGGGAGCUUAAUCCGUCUCUUGAAAUCCUUGUCUGAUGCUGAUCUCACGCCCUUCCCCACACCUCGUCUCACUCUCGAACUCCCCCACGAGAUCGAGGAGGCAACAUCUGCCUUCCUCGAGGGCUUCUUGUGGCCAACCAGAAGAGGAAGCGCCACCUCGACUCCCCAGAUGCUCUCCCUCCGUCGCCGCUUGCCCCUUCACAGGAUGGAUGAGCAAAAGAGCGUUGAGAGGUUCCUGGAAUCGACGUGGCCCAAAGCCCCUGAGUUUUCGCAUGUUCUUGUCCUCUCCACGCAGGCCGAGUUAUCACGUCACUUUGCCCAUUACCUGAAAUAUGCCCUUCUCGAGUACCGAUACUCAGCUGCCGCCCGCCGGCAAAGGUGGGACGAAAGACUUGUCGGAAUAAGCCUCGACUUCCCUUCGACUUACCUGAACGCAUCAGACCCAUUUGCUCUACCCAACCUCGCCUCUGAUUCCAAGCUCUCAUCCCAAGAUGAAACCCCUUUCCUAUGGCAAGCGCCCAGCAGCAAUGCCAUGCUCAUCCUCGGCGACAAAUGGGCCGAACUCCACAACUUCGUCGCCUACUCCCAAGAAGCCCUCCAAACGUCACCAAAACCCUCCCCGCUCCUAAGCGAAAAGCUAGUCAGCAAAGCCUUCCCCGCGUGGGUAGAACGCCUUCUCCAACUCUCCCGCCUCCGCGGCUACUUUACGCUCUACCCCAGCGCCGAAACGGCAUCCGCCCUCGCCGUCAUCCACGAGGACCUCGCGCAGCUCCCCGAGGAGUACUCGGCCGACAAGGACGCGGCGGGGCUCGACGCGCAGAAAACCCAAGCUCAACGGCGCAAAGAACCGGCGCUGGUAGUAUCUCACUCUGCUCUCGAUGCGCUGCGUACGUUGCCUGAUGGCGGCGUGUUACCACCGUUCGGUGAGCUGCCGCUUUUGGGAUGGGAGGGGGAGAGGCGGUCGCUGGAGGAGUUGGAUGAUGAGGCGAAGGGGUAUGCGAGCGAUUUUAGACGGGAUGUUGGGAGGUGUACGGGUAAGGAUGUUGAGAGGGUUAGGGCUGAUACUUCGGCGAAGGAUUUGUUCUGUUGGGUGAAGUGA